AUGUCCCAUCUGCCUCCCAAGCUUAAGCUUCAACUGAACCCCCUUCCUUCCCCUGCAACAUCAGUCCACGGUUCCUCAUCUCACCACAUGGCAGAGGAAAUGAACGAGCCCUCAGCACUGCCACCAUCAAGGAAGAAAGCUGCAAGUCAACAUGGUAAACCCAAGAAGUCACAUGGUAGACCUAAGAAGUCUAGGAAAAAGGUGGCAUCAUGGAAAACCGAUGUUCUUCCCAUCAUCACUCAGGAUGGACUUCAAGCUGAGGGAGCAGGUUGUGCCACCUCACCCCCAGGGCACCCACAACUCUGUUCGAGCACAGCUGGUACUUGUGAUAGCAGCAGGUUGCUGAGAAUGUGCGAGAUUGUUGAGGACAAGAAGGCCGGAGCCAAGGCCGGAGCCAAGACAAGAACUGGAAUGCAACACCGACUGGAAUUGCAACAAGAUGCCAAGAAUGGAACUAGAGUCCCAAGACCAGAACAACCAGAGUCGCAACAGGAGGACAAGAAUGGAACAUGA